AUGGCUGGCGACAACCUCGGCAGCGUUCCAACGGCGACUACCACCGAUCAAGACGCGUCCGCGCAAUCACUACCAUCGAACGAGUCUGGUGCGAAUGACAGCAUCAUAGUUCCCGAUGACAAGAUGCCAAAGCGAGCAUCGUUUAUGGGCAUUCCGCCGGAAAUGAGGCUGCGCAUCUAUGACUUCCUGCUCAAUGGCAGCAGGAUCACGGAUCUCAAGACCCCUUACGGCUUGCCUCACUCCUGCUACGUCGACAGUCGGUUCGAGGGGCCAGAGGAGCAACUCAAGUGCCGAUGUGCACGUCCAGUUCAUCCACAGAUACUCGCCGUCAAUCAUCUUGUGUUCGAAGAAGCGUUCAAUGUGAUGUACGGCACUACGGAGCUUCGUCUCAGGCUUCCAGAGUGUGGAGAAAUUCAUGCUACGCUCCCAAAAAUCCCUGUACACGGCAAGGAAAAAGUUACGAAAAUUGUGUUCCUAUCAACCUUCACUGCGCUCGAUAUCAAGCUUUUCGACGAGGAAACACCCUCAAACGCCAUCUCGCUUCUGUUGCACCGACUCUCGCUAGACUAUCCAUCCUUGAAGCAUGUUCGACUGUUGAUUGAUUUGAACGCGAUUGGCUUUCAUAGAUUCACCCCGGAUUUUGCUCCAAUCGCAGCUAUUCUCAGACUCCCUCAAAUCGAGAGUCUUAACGUAGAGCUGCUGCGACGCAGUGGCCUUUGCGUAAUUGCGCAGAAGUUUGCCAGUGGUCUCGAUGCAAGCUUGCGGGCGGAGAUGGCGGCUUUGGGCAAGAAUGUCAAGAUCAUGUCAUGGGGUAAGGAGGAGGAAAUCGGACGGCGUACUGAUGAGGAUGAUGGGAAGAAGGCAUUGCAUAUUGGUUUCGGCUGGGAUGGGUUUCGGAAAGCAGAAGACUUACUGGUUCGAUGCUGUGGAACAAUCGGAUCACUGGAAUUGUCUGGCGGAAGAGAUCCUGAACGAUACACACUACUCGACGAGAUGAUGUUGCCUUGGCCCCAUGGCGAGCAGCCUGCAGCCUAA